CUGGCGCUCAGUGCGCAUGCGCGUCACACGCACACUGUGCUGGUAUGUGAGAGGUCACUCCAGGCUCACCGAAGCCCCGGGCGCUGCGGAGGCUCAAAUAACGCAGCGACGCGGCCAUUGCUCGUCAUAAAUUACUCAACAACCAAAUAUGAAGGCGGCUGUAUAAAUAUCCCCAUCUCUCCUUCGACUGAGGACGCUUUUAGAGGCUCCCGGUGUACAGCUGACAGUUUUGUUGCUGUCCGCAGCAUGGCGGGUUGCGGAGAGCUGGACAUCUCUGGAAGCGCCUCGGCUCCCUCCAAGCUGCUGGAGGAAGGCCGAGAGGACUCCUCCAACUCCACCGUCCCCCCCAACCCGGAGUGUGCCAUCUGCCUGCAGAGCUGCGUGCACCCGGUGUGUCUGCCCUGCUGCCACGUCUUCUGCUUCCUGUGUGUGAAGGGGGCGUCGUGGCAGAGCAAGCGCUGCGCUCUGUGCCGGCAGGAGAUCCCCGAGGACUUCCUGGAGAGGCCGGUUCUCCUCUCUCCCGAGGAACUGAAGGCGGCGGCGGCGGGGCUGAGCCGCGGCGGCAGCGAGUCUCACAGAGACAACGCGUGGUACUACGAGGGCCGCAACGGCUGGUGGCAGUACGACGAGAGGGCCAGCAGAGAGCUGGAGGAGGCCUUCGUGAAGGGCAAGAAGAGCACGGAGAUGCUGAUCGCGGGGUUCCUUUAUGUGGCCGAUCUGGAAAGCAUGGUGCAGUAUCGCAGGAAUGAGCAUGGCCGCAGGCGCAAGAUAAAGAGAGAUGUUGUAGAUAUCCCCAAAAAAGGGGUGGCGGGAUUGAGGCUGGAGCCCGACCCUGUCCCUGUCCCAGUCCCAGUCCCAGUCCCUGGUCCACCCGCUGUUGCCGCGGCAGCCACAGAGCGCGUCAGCUCAGCUGAUGGGUCCGACUCCUCAGGCCAGCCGCAGGCCUCAUCUUUUGGGGUGAUGGUGUCCCGCCCUCCCGUGAGACCCCAAACUCUGUUGGGGCGCCAUCUUAGCAGUCCCCUGUCUCCAUCUCCCUCCCCCCUGGAACAGUCUUUCUCCCAGCUCCUCGUCAGUCAGCCGGAGGGCGGAGAGGAGGAGGAGGAGGAGGCAUCUGGGAGCAGCGAGAGCGAGGAGGAGAAGGAGUGCGGCAGGGGGAGAGCGGGAUCUCUGGAAGGAAGAAGCAGGCAGAGAGCGCUGAGAGAGAACCAGCCAACCAGAGUCCCUCCCAGAGGCAUGCCCUCCACCUCCGGCCUGAGCGUCCGCUCUCGCAGUCCUGACGGUCAGUGCACUGUGACAGAAGUGUGA